AUGACUGACGAAUUUGCCAGAAAAAUUAUGGAUGGAAGAGUGGGUGACCAUUUUCAAGUUUCGAAAGACUACAAAGGAAAAUACAUUAACGCCGUCGGAGUGCCUUUGGACUCACCUCAUGGUCGAGCUUACCCUAUUCCAGCCGGAACAGAUGGAAAUACUGUUAAAGAUACAGUUGUUAUACAACGUCCUGAUUUCCGCAAAGAAAAAAAAAAUUCUUCCGUCUUUAAAUAG